AUGGCAGCCUUUCAGGCCUCCCUGCCCAGUGAGAACUGGGGCAGUGACUUCCUGUGUGAGGAGUGGAAUCCUUCCAACAGUGUCCCCACGUCCGUCCAUGAGCUCCGACCAGCGGAUAUCACAGUGGUGGCUGCCCUGGGUGACUCGCUGACUACAGCGGUGGGAGCCCGACCCAGCAACUCCAGUGACCUCCCCACAUCCUGGAGGGGACUCUCCUGGAGCAUUGGAGGGGACGGCGACUUGGGGACCCACACCACACUGCCCAACAUUCUGAAGAAGUUCAACCCCAAAAUCUUCGGCUUCUCCUCCGGCACCCGGGAGGAGACGGCCGGGCUGAAUGCAGCAGUGGAAGGGGCCAGAGCUCGGGACAUGCCGGCCCAGGCCCGGGACCUCAUGGAGCGAAUGAAGAACAGCCCUGAAAUCAACCUACAGAAAGACUGGAAGCUGAUCACCCUCUUCAUUGGGAGCAACGAUUUGUGCCAUUACUGCGAGAAUCCGGAGGCCCACUCAGCCAGGGAGUAUGUUCGGCACAUCCAGCAGGCCCUGGGCAUCCUCUAUGAGGAGCUUCCAAGGGCUUUCGUCAAUGUGGUAGAGGUCAUGGAGCUGGCUGGCCUGCACCAGGGCCAAGGUGGGAAAUGUGUCAUGCCGCUGGCAGCCCAGAGCAACUGCACCUGCCUCCAAGGCUCCCAGGAGAACUCCUUGGAGAUGCAAGAACUGAAGACAGUGAACUGGGACUUCCAGAGUGGCCUCUCCAGGCUCUCCUACCAGUACCUGCAGCGGGAGGACUUCGCCGUGGUUGUGCAGCCUUUCUUCCAAAACACUCUUGUCCCCCUGAAUGACAGAGGGGGCGCUGACCUCACCUUCUUCUCCGAGGACUGUUUCCACUUCUCAGAACGCGGGCAUGCUGAGAUGGCCAUCGCUCUCUGGAAUAACAUGCUGGAACCCGUGGGUCAAAAGACAACCUCCAUCAACUUCACCUAUAGCCGAAACAAACUCAAGUGCCCCUCCCCUGAGCGCCCCUACAUCUGCACCCUGAGGAACAGCCGGCUGCUCCAACACCAGGCUAAAGCAGAGCCCCCAGUGCCCUCCUGGGCCUUGCUAGUGGCAGCAGGAGGCGGCCUUGCGGUUGGUGUCUGCACAGUGAUAGCCUGGAGAGCCCUAAGAGGUCGCCGGAGGGAAAAUCCUCCCAUAGGUCUGAACACUAUGAGCUUCUAGGCCCGCCAGCCUUGUGCGGGCUCUCAUCCUGAAUUCCCCAGCCACGUUCCUCACCAGCCCUCUAUCGUGGCCACCCCUGGCCACUAUAGAGGUCACUCGCUUCAACACCUGGUAAUGUAGGGAGCCAAAGGGACAGUCACAACUUCUUGGGGCCUGGGACCUAUGAUCCUGGAAUUGGCACAUUUAAAUAAAGGC